UUCAGUCUCCCACUUGGUGAUGAGAGUACAGGCCGCAUUCGUGAUAAGUCAGUUGGAAUGAUUGCUGAGGUCAAUAUUUAUUGCCUGGAAUACUCCAAAGCUAAGAUUUUAAAGCAACUGGAAGAGUCGUUGACCAAACAGGGAAAUAUAUCCGCUCUCAUUGGAAAAACUCUUCCUCAAGUUCUGUUUCGAACAGGUAAGUUCGUGCACAUAUCAUCUACCCAACCAGACUAACAAGGUCCCUGCUAAUCCAUCGCACGGAAUGUAAUGAGGAAUUAACUUUGAACUUACGCAACCACGUACAUACAGGACGGGAGGGGAAAGAAGACGGGAAAUGUUGUGUGACAAGCGUGACAACAGUUAUGUUUGGAAAAUUUUUCCGCCAAACUUUACCUUCCUUUAAAGAGAUGUCUUUGUAAAAGUCGAUAAAACACCAAGAUUACGUGAAAAACAGGCAAAACAUGCACGUAAUGGGCGUGUCACGUUUGUCAAACGCAGACGGUUUGCCGUCCUCCUCUUCGUAAGGAGCUCUCAAGUUUCGAACUUCUAGAGUUGUCUUCUUAAAAGUUUGUUCGGUCAAGAUGGCUGUGAAGAUUGGCCUCGUUCUUUUGCCUUUUUAUGAACCUCGACUACGCGUCAAGUCAGUUAAAACGAACUUCAGGCCAAUAUCCAGCCGCCAAGACCACAUACUCUUUCAAUAAACCUAUAUUGCUUCAAUUAGUUUAAUUUGCUACUGACUCAGAAGGAACCUAAUCAUGACCUUUCAGUAAAAACGUGGUUAAUGUAAUUUCUAUACUAACAGCUUUUAAUCAACGAGGUAUACAGAAGAAAGCAAUUUUAGCUCUCUAUCAAAUCAGUAUAGUCUAAACAGCAAAAUCAUCCGUAAGAAAAAUUUUGGUUGUAUAUCGUGUUUUUCUGAAUUCCCUAAAUGACAAAGUCCAUAUCGAUUUUUGAGUAUUAUUGUCUUAUUUUUCAUCAGUUAACGAACAGUGCCACGUGCUGAGAGUGAAUGUAAGUCUUAACAAGGAUCCUCGGAACCCCACUGUUGUAAUAGUUACUAACAGCAAACCCAGAUUUCUUGCUACAGCACAUAUUAACUCUGAAUGCAGAGAAAUAAAAGACUUACUGUACAGUUGGGAGGUGGCAAGGGUAGACAAGAUGUUGGGUAUGUUUGAUGGAGCUUACCUAUCUAGCCCCGUGAGCGAGCAACAAAACAGUUUUAGUGUUCCUCUUGGACAAUCCGGAUUACAUUAUGUAAGGUGCCUUUUAAGACGUCGUUCCCGAGGAAUACAUAUAAUCACCUAUGACUUUGGAUUUAUUGAAACAGUGGCUGUGCGCUCAUUGCAUUGUAAUAUAACACCAACAAAAGGAACGGCUCUCUUGGAGACAUUUUCGCUUAAUUGUAGUGGUGGAUACGAAAACGUGGACGCAGUAGCUUACACCGUCAAGUUUAAUUCAAGUAGGGGUCCUUCGGUUAUAGACUUGCGAACUCCAAAUGACACUAUCCGUCUUCCUGCUGGUGACCAUUUGCACGAUUACACAUUUCGGUUGAACGUGGAAGCCCAUUUUUCAGCACUUCAAUCACUCCACAGUUACGUGUUUGCAAAGGUAUAUGUAUUCACUAGUUUAUAA